AUGUUAGGGAAAAUCUCCGCGAUAAAGAAGCAAAACAGUGUUGUCGGCAGCAGCAUCAUGUUCAGCAUGGGCGUGUUUGGGAAUGUGCUUGCGCUCAUUGUGCUUCAAAGGUCCCCGGGAGACCAGAAACGGAAAUUGUUCUACAGACUGGUUGCCGGUCUAACGAUCACUGACCUUGUGGGUACAACCAGUCUAAGUCCGUUAGUGAUUGCUACGUAUGUCAAUCAUUUAAAAUGGAUUGGUGGAAUUCACGUGUGUAAAUACUUCGGAUUUAUGAUGGUGUUCUCCGGUGUGGCAACGUCUACAAUAGUGUGUUUAAUGGCCAUCGAAAGGUUGAUUUCCAUAAGACACCCAUAUCUGUAUUAUGCUCGAAUUCGCAAGAAGCAUGCAAACUAUUUUCUUCUCAGCGCCUGGACUUUCGCAGCGUCAGUUGCGAGCCUGCCUCUAAUUGGUUUUGGAGAAAUAGUUCUGCAGUAUCCGUACACUUGGUGCUUCAUAGACUAUUAUACCGACAAUAAAACCGAUCGAGGAUAUAAUUGCUUGUUUGCAUUCCUAGAACUUCUCAUGAUUACAGUAACCGUCACGUGUAACUGUAUAGUACUGUAUACGCUCUUACUCACAAAGAUGCGCGGUCUUUCCGGCAGGAAGAAUAGCUUCACGGACUCUCGGACGUUCUCCGGCUACUCACGGCGUUACGCGGAGUGUCAGAUGGCGGUGCUGCUGAUCGGUAUCACCGUGGUGUUCAGCUCCUGCUAUCUUCCACUUAUUAUUCGCAUUUUACUCAACCAAACGAAGCUUUUUCCUGUUGACAUGCGCAGUGAUCUGCUCACUAUCCGCUUCGCCUCGCUCAAUCAGAUCUUGGAUCCCUGGGUAUACAUCCUUGUGCGCCGCGAGAUCGUCUCUCGUCUCAUAAUUACGAUCAGGAAAAUCAUCUCUCCAAAAGCUACAGAGGUACAGAUCAGAACAUUCCUCAGGCAAGACUCGGCGCAUUCCGCCAAGGACUCCACUUACACGUGUUGUACAUUCUGUUUUCAUUGUUUAUGUGAUCCAUCCCAACAACGGCGUGCUGAUUCGGUGUCCGGGAACCACGGUAGCAACUACAUUGCUUUUCCAAUGUCCCCAAGACUUCCGACCAACAAGCACGCAAUUGGAGUUAUCCGAAACGUGAUGCUACCAAACACCAGUAUUGACUCACCCGCCGUGUUAGGGUUACUAGCGAAAGGUUACCUCGUGAUACCCCAACACAAGCAUCUGCAUUGGCACAACGCACGUGAGAUAACAUAA